AAGGAGGAAUGGGAACUAUAUGUGAUGACAAAUGGGAUAUACGAGAUGCAAGAGUCGUUUGUAACAUGCUUGGAUUUGAUGGUGCUUUAGCCGCACCAGGUAGAGCUACCUUUGGGGCUGGAAACGGCGAAAUCCUGCUUGAUGACGUUGAAUGCAAAGGUAUGGAGGAUACCCUUGCUGGCUGUUUCCAUCGAGGACUUGGAGUCAACAACUGCAACCAUGACAGUGAUGCUGGUGUUGUUUGCUUUACAAGAGGUAAUUAUUUCAAUUCAGUCAAAACAGGAGCAUCAAUCCAUUUUAAGAUCGUUGCUUUCGUCAAGCAUAAAGGAAAGCUUUCAUUAUCUCGAAUAACCUGUAUUGUUUUUACCUUAGGUCAUUCAUCUCCAAUCCAUGUACGGCUGGUCGGCGGAGAAAAUGAUGCCGAAGGCACGGUAAAUGUUAUGCACAAUGGAUCUUGGGGAACUGUAUGCGACUUUAAUUGGGAUCUGCGUGACGCCAGUGUGGUUUGUAGAAUGUUAGGGUUUGGUGGAGCUUUGGAAGCACCGAGAUCUGCAAGGUUUGGUCAGGGUUCUGGACGCAUUCUUCUAAACUGGGUCGAGUGCGAUGGAUCAGAAGACACUUUUGCAGACUGCACACACCCAGGAAUUGGAGAUUACAGUUACUGUGGUCAUAACAAAGAUGCAGGAGUCGUGUGCUUCCUUGGAGGUAUGAUUUCUAUCAUUUUCUCGAUUAAGUUAAAAUUCAGAUUACGGUAUAUUGUACUUAACUUUGCCUUGGUAGUUCGACUUGCAGAUGGAGCCAGUGAAUAUGAAGGAAGGGUAGAGAUUUUCCAUGAAGGGUCUUGGGGAACUGUGUGUGAUGAUAUGUGGGACCUGGAUGAUGCUACCGUUGUGUGCAGACACUUAGGAUUUGUUGGAGCCUUGGCUGCUUUACCCCAGGCUCACUUUGGUGAGGGUUCUGGUGAUAUCUUGUUGGAUGGUGUUCAGUGCAAUGGAUCAGAAGCCAACCUCAAGGAUUGUAAACACAAGGGAAUAGGUGUGCAUAAUUGUGCUCAUAAAGAGGAUGCCGGCGUCAUAUGCACAAAUACAGGUUUUACGACGUAUUCAGACACUAGUAACCCUGAUGAAAUGCAUUCCACAAACACACCAUGGUUACAGUCGUCCACGCAUAUUCCAAACGAAACUACAGAUCCAACCGGAACUCAGAGCCUAGAAUUCAGCACUCCUCACAAUCAAUUAAAAAAGAGAAUGGCAGCUAGGAAUUUAGACAAUAUUUAUAUGGAUUUCGCAGAUCUGUCGUCAUUGAACGCCCUUUCUACCAGUACGCCUUAUCAAGACUUACACGCCCCACCCAGGUUACCCGAUAGACAAAAGACUGGUGUGAUUCGUCAUGAGUAUGAAUCACAGAUAAUCAUGGAUCUCCCUGGUAAUGCCGAAGACUUUAAUAGAUUUCAAUAUAUCGGGAAAGGGGAUAUUCAUGAAUACACCGACAUGAAAACCAUUCACCAAACAUACCAACGAAUCGAAGACAAGGACAUGGACGGGUAUUGCAGACCAGACACAGAAAUGCCUUCGACAGAUGAAAAAGCGAUUGCAGAUUGUGGCAAAACUGAAAUGCUAAACAUGUCUGAUGACAAUGUUGGAAUCGAAUUUUCGCCCAAAGGUAAAAAUGAAAACAUGACACAUGAUUAUAUGGAUAUGAAAACGGUUUACCAAAAACCGAAAUCCGGAGAGGGUCUUGAUCUCGAUGGCUACCUCCUCCCAGACGCAACAAGUUCACCGAAUCAUGGCAAUGAUUUUACUGAAGGGCACCCGAAUCCAUUUCAAGUCCGUCUGAUUGAUGGAGCAAACGAUGCUGAAGGCAGAGUAGAGGUAUUACAUGACGGAUCGUGGGGUACUAUCUGUGAUGUCUGGUGGGAUCUCAGAGACGCCAAGGUGGUUUGUAGAAUGCUGGGGUACGAUGGAGCCGUGAAAGCACCGAGAACUGCUAGGUUUGGUCGGGGCUCUGGUCGCAUUCUUCUAAGGAAUGUCAACUGUGAAGGAACUGAAGACAACCUAGCAGACUGUGCUCAUCCAGGGAUUGGACGUUACACUAACUUAUGUACCCAUUCGAGGGAUGCAGGAGCUGUAUGCUACUCAGGAAUAAAUCCUGACCCAUUACAAGUUCGCCUUGCUGGAGGAUUAAACGAUGCUGAAGGGAGAGUAGAGGUAUUACAUGACGGAUCCUGGGGUACUAUCUGCGAUAAUUAUUGGGAUCUCAGAGACGCCAGGGUGGUUUGUAGGAUGCUGGGGUUUGAUGGAGCCUUGGAAGCUCCGAGAUCUGCUCGGUUCGGUCAGGGAUCUGGUCGUUCUCUUCUUAAUGGCGUCGGGUGUGACGGAACAGAAGACAACCUAGCAGACUGUGCUCACGCAGGGUUCGGUCGUUACUCCUGUAGUCAUGCAGGAGCCAUUUGUUAUUCUGAAGGUAGGUUAGUGGUCGAUUUCGUGAACGAUUUAAGCCUCUGA